UCAGGUUACAUUCGCGAGCGGAGCUGAGCGCGGGAGACCGGACCUGAGAGGAGAGCUGCUGGUUCUGCGCGGGUCCGCCGGCCCCGGAUAGCCCAAGAACUGCCACCCAACAUCACACAGACCCCACCCACGCCCUGCGCCAGGCUCCACCCCAGCCAAGGACCCCCAACACUAGCAUGGACUGCUGCACGGAGAGUGCCUGCUCCAAGCCGGACGAUGACAUUCUAGACAUCCCACUGGACGAUCCUGGUGCCAACGCGGCCGCUGCCAAAAUCCAGGCGAGUUUCCGGGGCCACAUGGCGCGGAAGAAGAUAAAGAGUGGAGAGCACGGCCGGAAGGGCCCAGGCCCUGGGGGACCCGGCGGAGCUGGGGGCGCCCGGGGAGGCGCGGGCGGCGGUCCCAGCGGAGACUAGGCCAGAAGAACUGAACAUUUUAGAAGUUCCCAAGAAGAGAUGGAUGCCGCGUCCCCUUCGCAGUGACGAGACUUCCCUACCGUGUUUGUGAUCCCCUCCUCCCCACCAGCCUGCCAGCUUCUGGAGCCCCCCUGCGUCCCAGAGACUCUCUUCCAGGCAGGCUUCGUCGCGGAGUCGCCAAGUCCGUGCCCUUUUAGUUAGCCCUCCAGUCUAGCGUGGUCCUCAUUCGCCCUUCCUUCCCGCCCUAUCCCCAAACCCCGCACUCCCAAAUUUUCCUCCUUUUGCUUCUCGCCCACCUCUCCCCGCACCCAGCAUGCAGCUCUGCCUCCGCAGCCUCUGUGCGCUCCCCUGCGCGCACUGCGGAGGGCGCCCUAAGCGUCGCCCAAGUACACUCAAUUUAAAAAAAAAGAAAGAAAGAAAGAAAAAAGUCCUUUGGUUCUGUGCGCAGCGACAGGGGGCGCCCUGCGACUCUGUGCUAUUCCCGCCCCAGCCUAGCCUCAGAACUUUAAAUCUGGGACAAGAGGAAAGGGGAAAAGUGUUUACAUGGUUUCGGAUGCCGCUUGCUCCGAUCGGAAGGGAAGCCCCUAUCCCGCACCUGCCUGUCAUUUUACCUUCCUUCUCCCCAGCGCACCCGAGAGCAGUCUCUCCAGCUCUCCUGUUUAUGCAAACGCCGAGCGCCUGGAGGCUCGGUAGGAGGAGUCUUCCGCGGCCCCGCCCCUGCCCCUUCCGGCUUCGGCCCCGCAGGGCUCCUGGGGCUAUGGCCGCAAGGUUUUUAAUCUCGGUGUGUGCAUGUGACCGUUCUGGGUUGGAAUGUGAACAAUAAAGAGGA